CCAAACCGACAUUUUGUAUAAAGAUCUCACUUUAGUUUGCCGCGGAUGUCUCGAGACAACGCGCGAAAUGAAGAAUAUGAUUGAAUUUGGUCUUGAUGAGGAUUUUCAUAAGCUGACGAAUAUCAAGAUAAACAAAACGGAUAAUUUGUCAAAAUUGAUCUGUUCCGAGUGCGAGAAUGUUAUCUUGAGGUGUAAAAAUUUCCAGGAGCAAUGCAGUCAAUCGGAUUUUAUACUGAACGUCGUUUCUAAGAAACAAUCUCUCGAUUCUGCAAACGAUACAAAAUCCUUUGACGAUAAUCCUUCACAGAAUACAAUAACAUACUUCAAGCACGAUAAAAAGCUAGUGAUAAAAGUAAUGGCUCCGGAUCCAGACGCGAAAAUAACAUAUCACUGCCCCCAAAACUGUUCGGAAAGAUUUAAAAAGAAGACAGAUCUUUUGCAGCAUCUCAUCAGACGUCACGACAUCGAAACGGAUUUCGUUAUCGACGUAGAAUACUACUGCUCAUUCUUGAGUUGUCAGUAUCACGUAGAAUCGUCAACCGGUAAACACUUCACCGGCAGGAAGUACCUGAAUCAGCACAUAUCGAAAGUGCACAGAGAGAAAGUUAUAUGUCAGAAUUGUUUAUUGAACUUUUCGAGCGGUACGGAGUUCAAUCGUCAUUUGAAGGAUUGUUCGUUGUCACACAAAUGUAAAGUCUGUGAUCGGGAAUUUAAGACCAACGAACGUUUGCUCGUCCAUUUGUUACGAAAACAUCCGACGUUGCAUAAGAAGUACAAGAUGGAACGGAAAAACUUUAAGAGGAAAUUUCAGGAUAUCGAUUUUGAUAAGUUCAAGGAACAGGAGAAUGUUCUAGACUACGCCUGCGACAGUCCCACGAGGUCGUUUGCGACACAGACGUUGAAAUUGGACGAAAAUAUCAGGAACGACGUCGCGUUACCAUCUUGGCAACCAGAACCGACGAGGAAAGACGAAAUAUCAACUCAGACAGUUUUCGAAGAUUUAUUGUCACUGAAAUCCCAAACGAGCGAAGAUGAUUCCAUAUUUUACUCGGAAACAGUGUCCCUGUCUGACAUACAAACUCAAACUCUGCCACUGGAAUUUGGUUUGAGUCGGUCGAAUAAAGAAACGAUUACGUCGGAAACUCAGUCUCCUGAUUUGAGUAUAAAGGAAACUCAAACCUGUUUCUGUUUGUACGAUUCACUCAAACCGAACUUCAGAUGUGGCGAUCUCAUGUCGAACACGGGUUCGUUUUGUACGACUGAAACUCAAACGCUCAAACUUGAAUCAGACUUACUCAGCUUCUCGUCGGCUGAAACUCAAACUUGCUUUGAAGAUUCAAGUAAAGACUUUUGACAGUGGUUUUAAAACACCUUGAAAAUUAGUAUUUAUCAAACAAACUUUGAUAUAUAUGUUCAAUGCGACUAGCUCAGUUAUAUUGUGCACUACAAACAAUCGGCAAUUAAUAAUAGAGUUGUAUAUCGAUGGUCUAUCGAUAUUAUCAUGACGUGUUAAUACUAUCGAUACUAUCACUAGUAUCGAUGGCUGGCUAUAAGCAACACUAUAUAAGCGGUAUAGUACAUAGAUAGCCAGUGAUCGAUAGUAUUACCUACUAAAUUUCUUACCUCAAGAUAAGAAAUAUUACGCCAAAACUUACGUCGUUCGACACUAUAUUAAAAAAAAUAAAAAAAUGGCGCCAGUAAAGAGUAAAGGAAUUAAUACAUUUUAUGCAAGCAACAAAGUUCAAAUCUGUUAUACUGAUUAAGAGACCAAUAUCGGCAGCAUUGCUGCUGCGGUCAAUAUUUUCUUGCCAAUAUAUCUAUAGUUCCAAAUCAUCGAUACUAUCGAUAGUAUUGCUGUUAUCAAUUCUGCUUACGGAGAGCUAUCGAUACAAUGUAUCGAUAGUAUCGACACAAGACGAUACUAUCGAUAUCCUGAAUAGUUUUCGAGGUAAAUCAUCGAUAGUCAAACUAUCGAUGAUUCUGCAACACUGUUUAUAAUACAACACUACUCUUACUUUAUUGAAAUGAAAUUUACGAUUUCAUACUGAUUAUUAGACAUUAUUUAAGAUCUCGACCAAUUAAAUCAGGUUAUUUUAAUUAUUGUAGAAUUCAAGGUUGUUUGCUUGAACUCGAAUGGUCAGUUGCUUUUGGUAAGAGUGGUCUCUACAACGUCACCGGACGGGUUCGGAUUAACUAUCUUGAACUCGACUUUUUUCUUUUCGAGCUGAGUGAUGCUGUUGGCCCUAAUGGCGAGCUAAUCUACUCAAGCCUUAAAGUUGAGAACCCACUUAAGGGCUCAGAGUACGCGCAUCCUAAGGGUGCCUCCUGUGAGGCCGGACUUAGGACGCCGACUUCGACUGGAGGGAGGAAUGACGUGUACGACGUGUGUGCCAGUGCGAUUCAAAAUGUGUUACAGUGCAACCUCGUUAUAACAAAUCGGAAGGGAACAAGUAAAUAUUCGUUAUAUCAAGUAAUUCGUUAAACUGAGGUUUGUUUUGUUGAGGUUAGGUUGGUCUAAAAUUCUUUAUAAAUAGGUAAAAGAGCAGUUUUAUUCAUCUCACAUUACGUACUUAUCUUGUUACAAUUUCUACUAAUAAAUGAUAACACAUUUUUGUCAAAUAACUGUUUAUAUUUUCUAUUUGAAAAAAAAUUAAUGGUAGGUAUCAAAAAAUAUAGUAUAUUAGGUAGGUAACAAAAAUUUUUAGUGGUGACUUUAAGAUUUUGGGUUGACAAAUUUGAGGUAUUUAUACUUUUUCUUAAUAGUUGAAAAUUUGUUGUAAAGAGGUUGCUCGCAAAAAAAUGUUCGUAAUGUAAAGGGAGAGGGUUCAAGGGGAUUACGAAGAAUUUGUUAAAUCGAGGAAUUCGGUAUAUUGAGGUACGUCAUAUUAAGGUUGCACUGUAUUUAGAAUCAACGCCAUCUAUCGGUAACAUUUGUAACAUGAAAAUAUUAAGGUAAGGUUCGAGUUUAACUCGAUGAGUGUUCCGUAUCAUUAGUUUAAGUAAAUAAUUAAUAUAUAAGCGAAAUUCCAUUUAGAAUAAAGUUUUAGAGUAACUUUCGCCAUUUUUUUUAUAAAAGUUAAAUUAUUAUAAACUCGCUGUCGGUAAUAUUUUUUUUUUAUAUAUUUUUGAUUUGGUCAUUUUUAAGGGGCCAUUCAUUUAUUACGUAAGACGAUUUAGUUGGGCGGGGGGUGGUCGACCAUGUCUUAUUUUUUCUUACAAGGGGAUGGGAAGGAGUACCGGUUUUGCUUACGUAAGAUAAAAAAAAAUGCGCAAAGUUAAAAUUAUUUGAUUAAGGGUCGCUCGGAUGCGUAUAGGUAUAAAACGAUAUUUCCAUUGCCAUGGCAACGGGCGGGCUAAAAAAUAAAGAUUUGUAAAAUUACGA